GUCUGAUGGAAAAUCGAAACUUCUGCUGAAUCCACUUCUCAUAGACUCAUACACCCACAGAUUAGUUGUCAGUUCAGUUGUCACGCACCGGCGUGUUCCAUUCAACGGUUUUUUCCCCAUUUACUCUUUUGUAGCGUUUCAUUUCUAAAUUCUAAUACGUAAAAAUAAGAUGGCAGAAAUUCCAACCACCACGAAUGGGACAUCUUCUGAAACUGCCAGUGCUAGCAGCCCUGUGGAAUCUUCUUCUAAAAAAGAGCAAGUUACCGAGAUUGCCAUGAAUCUCUUAGUGCAAGGUCGCCGACAUCUUCUCGUGUCAGACAUUCCAUCUGCCAUUGCUGCUUUGGCUGAAUCAGUUCAGUUGCUUGCCGAACAGUAUGGGGAGUUUGCUGAUGAGUGUUCCGAGUCCUACUACUAUUAUGGCAUGGCCCUUCUUGAGAUGGCUCGCACUGACUGUGAUGUGCUUGGAGAUGCUGUUGAAGGAGGUGACAAAACUGAAGGGGAAGAAGGAGAGUCGGAGGAUGAAGAAAAUGGUGAUGAUGAAGAAGAAAGCGAGGAAGAAGAGGAUUCUGGUGAGAAGUCCACAAAUGGUGAUGUUGAGACAAAUGGCAAAACCGAUAAACCAGAUGAUUCUGAAGUUAAAGAGAAGACUAAAGUUGCUGAUGAAAAAUCUACCACUAAAACUGCUGAAUCUAAACCUGAAACUGCCAAACCUGCUGCUUCUGAAGCAGCAAAUGUGGCUAAAGCACCAGAUGUUGAAAUGAAGGAAAGCGAACCUUCAUCAGAACACACAAAUGGACAAAACUCAGAGUCCAAAGCUGAGGAAAAAACUGAUGCUGCUCAAAAUGGAGAAAAAUCUGUCGCCAAACCUAAGAAUGAAGCAAAGGGCAAAUCUUUGAAAGCUGCUGGCAGUUCUUCAGGAGACAAAGUUGAUUCUGUUGCGGAUGAUGAUGUUGAUGUCAACACAGAUGAAGUACCUAACCUUCAGCUGGCUUGGGAAGUUUUUGAAAUAGCAAAAAAUAUAUAUCAAAGGAAAGCCGAAACCGAUCCUGCGGCCAAACCAAAACUUGCCGACGCUCUUAUUCGAUUGGCUGAAGUAGCAAUUGAAUCAGAAAACUAUACUUCAGCUAUAGAAGAUUUACAAAAAUGUCUCGAGAUUCAAAAAGCUUCGUUCCCAGCAGAUAGCAGAUCUCUGGCUGAAACGCACUAUCAACUUGGUGUUGCGUUCACUUUUACUACCGAAUUCAAAGAAGCGGUUCGUAGCUUUGAAUCAGCUGCCAGUGUCAUUCAGCUGAGAAUUGAAAACCUCAAGAAUCCUGCUGAAAACAAACCUUCUAUGGAGGAGCCUAAGAAUUUGUUUCACACCAUUGAGGGGGAGAUUGAGGAGCUGGAAACUCUGCUACCUGAUAUUCGUGAUAAAAUUGCCGACACCGUCGAUUUAGAAAAGGAGGCAAUCCGGAAGUUGGCUGAAAACGGCAUCAAUGGAGCAGGCACUUCUAGCAGUGCUGAUGGGGCGAAUGGUUGCAUGGAAACUGAUGUGGCUAUGUUGUCUGGAGAAUCUCCCAAUUCUGGAAAACCAGCCACGGAUAUUACACACUUGAUCCGAAAGAAGAGGAAGCCAGAUGAUAACGCAGGAACUGAGGCGUCAGCAGCCAAGAAAAUUUGCCCUGAUGGUGCAGUCGUUGCCGAUGCUACUUCUGUUUGAUGGGAGAAAAGACGAUUGCGUACAUUUUCCCCUGUGCUCUUGUCUCAACUCGGUUUUUUAAACUUUCGCUAAUAUUCAUCGUAUUUGAUAAUACAACUUACAUGUUUUCUGUAGUAUUUAUCACACACAAGGUCCAAUGUAAGUCUAUGUAAGCUGUAACCAUGCGUUCUACAAAGAAAUGUAUCAAAAUUA